UACAGCUUAAAAGUGAAUUCUAGUAUAUAGACCCAUUCACAGUUAUGCCUCCUAAAAGAAAACAGGAAAGAAUUGAAGACGAAGAGGGGAUACCAGUGAAGAUAUACUGUUAUGCUUCUGGGGGACGUGCAACAAGAUGGUACAAUCCGGCAGAAAAAAAACCAGGCACAUCAAAGUCUAGAAAAACCGGAAACUUUACCACUAAUGAUAAUUUAGAAAUGAUACAAAGUGAUGCUGAAGAUGAAGAAGAUGAACAAAAAGAAUCUGCUUACACUAUUAACAAAAACAAAAGAUUAGCAGUUUGGCAAGAUCUACGGGCUAAAUUUAUUGCUGUUGGAUUAGCAAAACUUGAACGCAGUUUUAAAAACUGCACAUUUUGCUCAUGUCCAAUAGAUACAGGUGCACAUUAUCGAUGUGAUGACUGUGCACCUUUUGCCAUGGAAAUGUGUGAAUCUUGCCUGCUACAACAACAUGCCUACCCACACCUUCACAUGUUCAGCAUUUGGCAGGAUGGAACAUUCAUGCCAUGCAGCCAGAAUAUUUAUGAGCACCAGAUUUGGCAAAUACCACAUGACUGUAAGGGUGAAAAAACAACUAGCCAAUUAAUCAUUGUUGAUCAAAAAGGCAGAGAACACAUCAGAAAGAUUAUGUUUUGUAGCUGUGAGGAGCAACCUGUAACACUACUGAAAUUGGGUCUCUGGGCAGGCUCUCCAAUGAUACCAAAAGUGGCAUAUCAUGUUGAACUAUUCGUUCAAAUGAGAAGUCUUCUUUUAGAAGGCCAUGUGCCCAUUAAAACCUUUUGCAGCUCUCUGGAAUUUAAUAGUCCUCCAGAAGCUAGACGCAUUUCUCAGUUUAAAAAUAUAUACUCUUCAUGCUUUUUAGAAGCAUUUGAAGAAUUUAAACAUUUCAUGUAUGGGGUGGAACACCCUGUUGAAUUUGUUGAUGGUCUUGAUGAUGGCACUCAGUGUCCUGCUUGCUUUAAUGCUUCAACCAAAAUCAUCUGCCUGGAUGCAGAUUUUCAACUUGUGCGGAAAGCAUCAGCAGGGAGACAAUGGGAAACGCCAACAAGACAGGUUUUUUUCCAUCAACAAGAUGCUGUUGAAACAUUUGUUUCAACUUAUAAGGAAGAAAGUGUUGCAAAUGAUCAGUGUUCGGAUUUCCAAGCCGGAAACAAUCUACGAUCAAAAUCCAAAAACGUAAAACUUUCGGACAAAGGUAUAUUUGGGUCAGUCUGUCGACAUGAAAUUCCCAAUAAAUUUGCCAGUUUAAAACAUGGAGAAAGACUUGCUUAUCCAGUGUACUUUCUAGAAAAACUUGUAGAUAAUUUUCAAGGAAGCAAGCUCAUCAUAUCAUAUGACAUCGCUUGCAAGCUAAAUAAACAUUUGCAGAAAAAUAACCCAGCCUUACUAAAAAAAUGUCAGAUGAUGGUGCCAAUCUUCCAUUGCUAUGGUCAUCAAAGACAAUGUCAGAUAUUAUAUCAUCCAAGGAGAAUUGAGGGAGUUGGAUUGACAGAUGGAGAAGGGAUAGAAAGGCUUUGGUCUUAUUUAGGCAAGUUUUCAAAAAUUUGUAAAGAAAUGAAGCCUGAAACUAGACAAGAUAUGCUGUCAGAUGGACUUCUACAUUUUAGUGAGAGAAAAAAGAAGAAUAUAGGCCACUCUUUAGUUGCACGGCUCGGAAGAGCAACUGUAGUCAAAGAAACUGCCAUCAAAUCUUUAGCAGAGUUACAACAGCUUCACCCAGACAUAAACCAAGAAAUUAUAUCAAAAUGGACUAAAGAAGAAGUUGAAUCUGUUCAAAAGGAUAUAAGCAUGAAAAAAUCUGCAAAGAAGGAUUCAUUUCUGCUAAUACAGAACUUUGCUAUUGAGCGUCAUUUUUUGAAGGAGCAGAUCAGGAAAUAUGCAAGAGGCCAAUCAAUUGCUAAGAGAAUUAGCAGACAACUUUCCACAAACGCUAAGAAACUGCAAAAAGCUAUAGAUGAUCACAACAAAUCAGAACUAAUCCCAGUUACUUUUAAUCAAGUUAUAAAUUUAUCUGAUUCUUCAUGGGUUCAAAAUUAUGGGAUAGAGCUUUUAAAAAGGCAAACAAUUGAUUUAAAUAAUAUUAUUUUAAGAUGUCAUGAAGAAGAUGAAUUGAUUAAAAAAGAAAUGAUUUCUGUUUUAAAUUUUUAUGAACUUCAAAUUAAUCACAUAAAUGAAGCUUGUAGAAUAAUCAUUACAAAAUUUCGACCUAGACUUUUUCUUGACAUGUUUAGAUUACAAUUUGAAGAUAUUUUAAGUAUAGACUCAGGUGAGGUAGAUGCCAAUAGUUCAAUGAUUGAAGAUGAGGAUGAUGAAGAUACUGAUAGGAAGUAUUUGACUGUUGAUGAAAAAAAACAGCUCAAUUCUGCAAUUGAAAAUGGAAUGACAACUAGAGAUAAGGAAUGGAUAGGAAAGCUGGCAAGGGAAAUCAAAAUUGAGCCAUUUAGAAUUGAAAAGUACAUAUACAACAUGAAGAGGCAAAAGGAUAACUCUGUUUGCAAGCUCCCCAGAAAAAGAAGUAGUGGUUGGGAUGAAUUUAGAGCCAUGCAAAAGCAAGGUGCUGAUGAAGAUAACAGGUCAUUUUUAAGAAGAAUUUCCCAAGAAUGGAAAUUGCUUGAUCAUGUGACAAAAGUUGAAAUGGACAGGAAGGCACAAGAGAAAAACAAACAACCUUUUUAUGGGCUCGAGGAUAGUGAUAUUGUAAAGGGGCUGAAGAAAAGAUUAAAAUUAUUGGUUAAAGAUAUGGAAAAGGCUAAUGUAAAAUUUAUUGGUGUUAGUUCUUACUUUGACCCGAUUAACAAAGUUGAAGUGUUCCACACCAUGAAUGCAAAACAUUUAAAAAAAGACAUAAUAGAUCUUGUAUGCAAAGAUCCAUUACAAAGCUGCACUAAAUCUGUCAGACUGCGCCAAUUAGUGAUGGAGAUUUUUCAGGAAAGAUGGGAAAGUUGCAUGAAACUCAAUACUCAAGUACCAUACUUUAGUAGUAACAUAACUGUCACUGGGCUGCCUACAGGGAUACCAUUCAAGCACCCUCAACUGUACACUGUAAAUGAAUUAAAUCAAAUAAUAGCAGAAGACAAAUACAAUAUACAGAUGGCUAUAACCUUGAAAACAAUGGAUUAUGAUUGUUUGCUAAGCUCAUUAGAAAGCUUGAAAGUCCUUUCAAAAAAUUUUAGAGGUCGAGUGUUAAUUGAAGAUGAAAGUAAAAAGCUGCAAUAUCCUGAAAAGGAAGAGUCAUCCUUCAAAGACUGA